CUAUUGGAUUUGUUUGGAGUGCCGUCAGCAAGCGAGGCAUGACAUACGUUAGAAGUCAAACAUUUUUUGGGUUAUACCCAAGUUUGAAAAAAAUAGCAUUCAUUUUGAUAAUUUCGUGACCCCUCGCUAGUUCAAAGGAUAUUUUUGAGGUAUCAUAAUGGCCUCAGGACUGGAAAGUUACGUAAACCAUACCGUUUCAAUAAUAACCUCUGAUGGUAGAAACUUCAUCGGUACACUAAAAGGAUUUGAUCAGACGAUCAAUCUGAUCCUCGACGAAUCGCAUGAGCGUGUCUACAGCGUAACGCAAGGGGUAGAGCAAGUAGUAUUAGGUCUUCACAUAAUCAGAGGAGAUAACGUAGCAAUUGUUGGAGAGUUAGACGACGAGAUGGAUGCCCGAAUAGACCUUUCGGCGAUCCGAGCGGAACCACUUAGCUCUGUAGCACAUUAAAAUAAACUAAAAUAAUUAACAAAAAA